UGGCAACCAAACAAUCCUUUUCAAAGCAACGGGACAGACCGUUGAAGGCGAAAAGCGCUUCCUCGAGUGCCGGUGAAAUGAAGAUUUUCCUUACUAUUUUGUUGUGAAAGUCAUUGAAGUGACCUUGCUGAGGAACUAUGUGCCCAUCCAUCUGAGGAUCUACCACAUAAGCAAGAAUGCCAUCACAUCCAAGCUCAACCAACAGUGCAGGCAGCGGUCAAGGUCCCCCUGAGGGCAUUAUCCCCAUGGUCCUAACGUCUGCUACUCAGGAGCACUUCGGGUGCAUUGCUGAUGAGGACGUCACAGGGGAAAACCCCUACAAGCUUCUGAAUAAAGAUGACAUCUUAGAGGACAUGAAAACAAAAGCCGCAGUGUCUGAUUUCAGUCCUGUGAAGCAGAUUAUUCUGGAUUAUCCAGAAGAUGAGCUUUUGCUAGUUUAUGAUAGGGACUUCACCUAUGGACAGUUGUUUUAUCUGGUUGUAACACCAGAAGCCAAGGAGCGAAUCCUCAAUCCCCCUGAAUCUGAGCCUGAAGAAGAUUUAGUAAAUGAAAUCAAAACUCCGGAACCAAAGGAAUGGAUAUCACUUGGUAGUGAAAAAGAAAUAGAUGAAGAAUCUGUGAAAGAGACAAGAGGCAAGCUUAUGUACAAGUUCUCCAGAGCUCGGAGGGAUUUUGGGAUGCCAGUCUCUUUUUCAGACCGCAAUGUCACAGAUGCCAAAGAUGGCAACCUGGAAUGUGUGUCCUACCAAGACAGACGAUUCAACAUCAAGCUGUUACAGAGGGAUUGCGGGGUGCAGGCUAUCCCCAUACUUCAGAGCAGCAGUGCCCAGACACAGUGGAAAUAUAUGAGAAAUAACUGCACACAGUACACCCCAGGAGAAUUGAGCAAAAGUGAGAAGGAGAAGAGCCCCGAACCAAGCUUAAAUGAUUUCUGUAAUUCAGUAACAAACAGGGUUCUCCAUGCCCUUCAGCAAGAAGAGAUUAUGAACGUGUUCAGAGAUGACUGGAUGGCUUUGGGGACAGAAAGUGAAGACAUUGACUGGUCUGGAAAGGUGUCAGAUGCUUUAAUGCUGAAUCAGGCUUUUUCUGACCCCAGAUACUCUCCGGAAAAGGAGAUCAGCUGCAUGCACUGGCAUCCCACCAUCCAAAAUGUGAUAGCUGUGUCAAUGAUGGUAAAGAAGAAGCAGCAUAUGAUCAGCUCUACUGGGCCACUCAUAGUUUUUUACAGCUUCUCUGACCCAACCCAUGUGAAGAUAGUGCUGGAGUGCCCAGAGAACAUACUUGCCUUUGAAUUUUGCCCCUCUGAUCCAAAUAUUAUUGUUGGCGGCUGCCUGAAUGGGCAGGUCGUAUUGUGGGAAAUAUCUUCUUACGUCGUACAUUUACACCCAGUCCAACAUGGUCAUCAUAAACAUGAACCUCUCAAAACUGACAUGCUUGGGCUUGAGGACAAGAAACACAGUAAAGCUUCACUUGUGCGCUACAGUGCAAUGUCUGGAGUGGAGACCAGCCACAAGGCACCAAUUACAGAUGUCCACUGGCUGCCUCCGACAUUUGAGGUAACUGCUCAGGGCAUUCCAGUGGAGAACAAAGCCAAUAUUUCUGUUCAACUUAUCACCUGCUCUCCUGAUGGAUCUUUAAUGUUCUGGGAUAUACGAAUGCCGAAACAAGGGCGCCAGACGGCUCCAGACAAGAAACAAAGUGAUUUGGAGUCUCAAAUGGCAAAUUACAGCGACAACAACCCUUUCAAGCACUUGGAGCGGACAUGGAAACCCUUCAUCAUGGUUCCCUUGGUAAACAUGGAGCGGAACGGCGAUUAUGCCCCAUUAAGAUUCAGCCUUUACCCCUACGCCAAUACUAUUAUUAACAGCACCACAAUCUCAGAAAGUGGUGGUGAUGGCUUAGCAAUAUCUACAGACUACAGUCAGCUACAAAUGCCCUCAGCCAAAGGACUAACACCCCUGCCAGACAUAAAUACCAAGAUUUAUAUUGGAACACUGGAUGGCGAGAUUGUUUAUACUGACUGGAAAAUGGAAAGAAAUGACCUCGAUCAACUCCUUAGUCCCAAGCCCCUUCAUUUUUUCAGAAUCCAUCCCUGCCUUGUCAAUACAAUCGAGCGUUCACCCUUUUUUAAAGACAUUGUCUUGACUGGAACUUCACUCUUUGGGAGCUGCAAUAUUGCCAUUUGGAAAGAAGGAGUGUUGGAUGGCCCCAUUAUCCUAUUGCCCAGCUUGGAGGGGCUUUGCACUUCGGCAUGCUGGUCUUUGACCCGGCCAGCAGUUUUCUUCGUUGGAAAAGGGGAUGGAAAAAUUGAGGUAUGGAACAUUCUGGAAAAUACAGGAGAAGCCGUGCACAUCCAAGAACACAUGGCCAAUGGCAAGAUAACCUGCAUUAAACCAUGGAUUGUCUCUUCCAAGCAACAUUUCCUGGCUGUGGCUGAUGAUCUUGGGAUAGUCCGUGUAUUUCAAAUCCCACCAGUCUUCUACACUGCUUCCAGAAAUGAGAAGUUGAAUGUGGGGAAAUGCAUUGAUCAGCAGCAAGAGAGGCUAAAUGAUCUUUUGAAGAGGCAAGAAGUGUGGCAAAACCAGGCGCCAGUAUCAGAGGAACACAAGGAAGAGGAGCCUGAGAAACCAGGAAGUCCCACAGAAGAACAGGAUGACAUGAAGGAGUAUAAUGAAUUUCUGGUGCUUGAGGAAAGUAUCCUUAAAAGUAUGGGACUUUCACCAUAAAGAAAAUUACAUGAGAAUACCUCUCCUUCUGCUUCAAGCUCAUUGACAUAGAAUUGUGCCAUCUUCCAGCAAAAGGAACCUCCUCAGUCAAGGUAACUAACAACAUUAUUCAUACAUAAAGAAGACACCGUAAAGUGUCAAUUGUGUACCAUGUCCAUUUGAUGUUCAUUCAGACACACAAAAUGGAAUUCAAAUAAGAAAAGGGACAGAUUUUCUUAUCCUUGAAAACAUCAGAGCAUCACAGAAAGUCAGCAAUGAUCUGUCACAUGACUGGCCUUAAGCAAUCAAAUUCUUGUUUUAGGAAUAAUGUAACAGAUUGUGGAAAUUGAAAAACAAAAUCAUAUAGAACAGCCAAGUCCCACAGUGGUAUGUAGUAGACCUCUGCCAAGACUGAAAUAUUAACAAAAAAAUAAUCCAUCUGUUAGGAGGCCUCUUCCUGGUUCAUGGACAGUUCCAUUGAUCCCAUUGUGACUCAAAAUGAAAAUAGAUCCCUUUGCGUCCACAUCCAGGUUCUUUAUUUCUUUCUUUCUCCAAAAUUUCUGGAAAUCAAUAAUGUAUUUUGAGCAGCAGGGAGGAAUCGUUAUUACCAUGACUGUCUCCUACUUAAGAGCCUCUAUUUCGAAUUUCAAAUCCCUCCUGUGGUCGGGCCAGACAAGUUCUCGGGUUCCUCCCACAUUCCCAAAACAUGCUUCUCAGAUAAUUGAUGUGAAAUGUGCAUUUGUCUACGGGAUCUAAAAUGAAGACUGUUCGGCAGGCUCGAGCUCAUCAUAUAACAAUAAUAUAUAAUAAUAAGGGAGACAUAAAAUAAAUGGCUUGGGGAUUUUUCCGAUCUGUGCUACUACUGUGUCAACAAAGUGACUGGUGGGCUGAAACAUUCACACGAUGACUAAGACUUAGAAAGCAUCAACAUGCAAUGGUCACAUGCUGAGAUCACACCACAGCACUCCAUGACUUGGAAACAUUUCUACUGUUUGUUAUUCCUGUUGUGCUUCAUCUAAAUGUCGAGUUUGAUAUUGUGGGGGAAAAAAUAAGGUGACUGCUACACUGCAAAUACAACUCAGUGAUUGAACACUUCAACACAACCAGCAUGAAUUUGUUACCUAUAAUUGUUGCCCCGGCUAGCCUUCCCUUACUGGAUUGAUAAACACACAAACAAACAAACAAAAAAUAACACAUGAACACACAUUAUGUACAAAAGGUCCUGUCAAAAGAUGAUUAAAUGUUCUUUGUGGUGAAUGUUUUGAGUGUGUUGUGUAAUUAUUCAUUUUUGUUUUACUUUUACAAAUUGCAUCCAUGCGCCAUAUGAAUUUUCUGUUCUCUGUCAA